AUGGCUGAUAAGAAAGACGGUGUUGAGCCAGAAGAAGAGUUUUCUGUAGAAAAAGUCUUGGACAGACGUAUAAGGAAUGGCAAGGUUGAAUACUUUUUAAAAUGGAAGGGUUACAGUGAUGCUGAUAACACAUGGGAGCCUGAAGAAAAUUUGGACUGCCCGGAUUUAAUUCAGACUUUUGAAGAAGCAAGAAAGAAAAAAGAAGCAGAAGGAAAAGGUGCAAUGAAAAUUGACAAAGAUACUAAGAAGAGGAAAUCUGCUGCUACACCCGACUUAAAAGGAGCUAAAAAGAGUAAGAGUGAUGACAAAAAACCAUCUGGUUUUGAUCGAGGUCUAGAACCGGAAAAGAUUAUUGGAGCUACUGACAGUAGUGGGGAGUUGAUGUUUCUUAUGAAGUGGCAAGGCACCGAUGAAGCAGACCUUGUACCAGCUAAGCAAGCUAAUGUUCGAUGCCCACAAGUUGUGAUUCAGUUCUAUGAAGAAAGGCUAACAUGGCACACUCCAGCACCAGAUGAAGGCAAUAAUGAUGAAUAG